UCUCAAUUGAAAGUCAGAUCGUGAUCUUUUUCCAGUCCAAUUCUAAUUUGUUUUGAAAGGCGUGUUGGUCUUGGGAGAUAGGCCCAUUACAAUAGCCCAAACAUAAGCCCAAUCCAAAAGCCCAAUAACACAAAUUACUGUAUCAUCAAAUUAGGGUUUCAUCUUAUUUCUCAUACAUUACAGAGUGGAAACUGAAGACGAACUUCUUUCCGUCUCUUCUUCUCUUUCGGAGCUCAAGAGUUUUUUACCAAGUAAUCGAAAAUGGUGCAGCGUCUCACUUAUCGCUCGCGACACAGCUACGCCACCAAAUCGAACCAGCACCGAAUCGUCAAAACCCCAGGUGGGAAGUUGGUCUACCAGACCACCAAGAAGAGAGCAAGUGGCCCAAAAUGUCCUAUUACUGGCAAGAGAAUUCAAGGGAUCCCUCACCUGAGACCAACUGAAUACAAGCGCUCUAGAUUGUCGAGGAACCGUAGGACUGUGAACCGUGCCUAUGGUGGCGUUCUUUCUGGAAGUGCUGUUAGGGAGAGGAUCAUUCGUGCUUUCUUGGUGGAAGAGCAAAAGAUUGUGAAGAAGGUUUUGAAGAUUCAAAAGGCAAAGGAAAAAUUGGCAGCUAAAUGAGUGAUAUAAUGUUAUUGAGCGAAAUUUUGACUUCCUUUUAAGUCUCGAGUAUUCAAUAUGGAACAAGAUGUUUAAAUGGUUUUACUGUAUUCUGUUUGCUACCUCAGUUAGUUGAGUACUCUUGUUAGUGCAAAUUUGCAGACAGUCAAUCUUUUGAAACAUGGUAUUUCUAGUA